AUGCCUUGCCAGGAACGAUCGCAGUAUCCCUGCAGCGCCCUUCCUCAUUUGCCAGAUGCGAUUGAUCCACAUGACAGCGGCCGGGAGCUCGAGGAUGGUCCUGUUCACUGGGAGUGGUUGCAGGAAGGCUCGAUUCAGUACCUGAUUCAGCCGGACGUGAUGUCAUCUGUUGUAGAAGAGCUACCGCCCAGGGAUGAGUUGGUCUUCUGCUACAAGGACCUCAACGAGCUGCUGGAUGCGAAGCUCAUUUUGUCGUUUGCUUUCAGAAUUUGCAGGCAACGGGGCCAAGCCUUCCUGUACCGUGUCUUCGCUGCCUGGAGCACGGCGAUCUGUAGCCUUCCGCAAAGCGAGGUGAAUGCUGUGCCAGGCCGCUUGUCACGGGCCGCUGAAAAAAGCUUCCUUACUCGCUGCUUGGAUCUGCUUCACCUGGAAGCGGCUGACUUCCAUGACGGGCACUUGCCUGGGGAGGCCUUCGUCGAGUUCCUUCGCUGGAUGUGUGCAACUUCGACGAUUGAUCUGGUCAUGCUGAAGAUGGAUGUUGCCACAGUGGAGAAAUCCUUCCCUAUUCAGCAUGAGAUAGUGAAAAGCCAGAUGUGGAAGCUUGUCAAGGGAGAGAAGCCUCCCUACAGGAACCGCCCGAACGACGUCAGGGGUGGUCUCAGCUCCGGGCUGGGAGCAGAACUGCUGAUGGCGCUCAUCGAGAAGGGCUUGCCGAGAUGGUGCUGGGCUGGCUGCAUAGGCCCUUUCAACGACAACCUUCUCCAGUAUAUCCUUGAGCCAGCAGACCGAGGGGUAGCAAUCGACGCCGGGAAAGCCGUUGCCGAAGGGAGGCUUUGCAUCUUCCUGGCUCGAAACUUGAGUCUGGAAGAGCUGUGCCAUCAGAACCAGGAUCGAAGAAAUGCUUUGUCCUAUGCUGAAGACUUUGCCGAGCACUACGAAGCGGUGCCUAUGCUUGCAGGGCGUGGAGACGUGUGGAUCGCGGUGCGUGAUGUGAUCCGCACGGAGAUGGAGGGCGACCUCCUGCAGCUCGCGGAGCUCGCGCGCUCGGCGCGAGCGGGCCUCGGUGGUAGAGUUGAUCUCCCCGCUUUCGACGACGAAAUCUGGCGACGAGCCGCAACUGUGCGCGAAGAGUGGUUGAGGAUGGGUUGGAGGUUCCUGGAAGGUACCGAAUGCGCGCAGAUCUCCGAGGUUCUGAGUUGGCAUCUCCAAGCCGUGGGGCUGGCGACAGUGGGCUGGAUCGCCACUGAUCUCGGCUUCCGUUUCCCCGGCGAGAAGUUCCAGGCCGUCGCCAAUUCCGUGGAGGCGCAUGACAAGAUGGUGGAGGCCGGCUACAUGCUCCCGUUCUUCGGGGCCAUUGGCAUCUUCGAGCUCUUCGCUCUGUGGCUCUUCUUCCAGUCCUGGCCAAUUGGUGAUGGCAUCAACAGGGAGGCUGGAGACUACUGGCUGGGCAAGCAGUUCCUGCCCAAGGACCCUGCGAAGGAGAAGGACAUGCGCCUCAAGGAGCUGGAGAAUGGCCGUCUUGCCAUGUUCGCUUUCAGCGGCAUCGUGACCCAGGCCGUGAUCACCGGCAAGACUUGGCCUUUCAUGUGA